UCGAUGGUUAAUUGAUUUAACUCUUCUGUUCGGUCCACCCUAAUCCUCUUUACCCCUUUGGCCUUUUCUCCAUUCAUUCUUCUCUCAAACUCAGUCUAUCUAUCUACUACCCCCUGUCUCCUCUCUCCCUCUCCGGCUCCCCCUUUGCUCCUGGACAAAAAAUUCGAAACUCUUUGCAAAAAUUAAAAUUAAAAAAUUAAAAAAAAUCUAAACCAUUUUACAGUUACAAAUUCAUACAACCUGCCUAUUAAAUCACGUCUCUUCUCCUUCACUUGUUUUCUCUCUAUUUGCUUUGUAUUACUCCUAUCACCGCCUGCCUCUCUUUCGAUCUUCAUUACAGUAUUCGAUGGCCGAAGGCAAGUUCGAUCUACCCGACGAUCUCUUCACCUCUAAACCCUCCGAUCGUCCCUGGACUCCUAAAGGGGCUGCGUCAGGGGGAAAUGAGGAUAAGGUUCAUUUGGGGAUACUUGAUGAUUCCAAAGACCAUUUGACAUCAGAAAGCAGUAUUCCAUUGUCUCCCCAGUGGCUAUAUGCUAAACCAAGUGAAACCAAGAUGGAUGUGCGUGGUCCAACUUCUGUCUCUCUUGGAAACUCCACUGAUUCCAAUCUGAAGGACAGCUGGCGUUUGGAAGGAUCUGAGGACAAAAGGGACUGGAGGAGGAGUGUUACAGACGGUGACAAUAGCCGCCGCUGGCGCGAAGAGGAAAGAGAAACUAGCUUACUUGGUGUUAGAAGAGAUCGCAGGAAAGUAGACCGUCGUAAUGAUAAUGUUUCGUCUAGAGAUACAGUUGACAAUAGAACCUUACCAUCUUCUGAUCGAUGGCAUGAUGGUAACACACGUCGUGAUAGCAAAUGGUCUUCUAGGUGGGGUCCGGAAGACAAAGAGAAGGAAACCCGAACUGGGAAGAAAACAGAUGCGGAGAAGGAGAAGGAAGAUCCUCACAAUGACAAUCAAUCUUUUGUAAGUAGCAACCGCUCAGCUUCUGAACGUGACACAGAUGCUAGGGAUAAAUGGAGACCUCGCCAUAGAGUGGAUCCUCAUUUUACUGGUUCUAGUUCAUACCGUGCUGCGCCUGGAUUUGGACUCGAAGGACGAGUGGAGGGUUCAAAUUUGGGAUUUACUAUUGGACGAGGAAGGUCAAAUGUUAUUGGGAGGGUUUCAUCUGUAGGCCCCAUUGGUGCUGCACAUCCUCACCAUAGUGAAAGUGCCCGAGGGAAAUCUGGCCAUUUAGCCGAAACUUUUUGCUAUCCCAGGGGGAAGCUUCUUGACAAUUAUCGUAGGCAAAAGACUGAUCCUUCAUUUGCUACUGUGCUCAGUGAAAUGGAGGAAUUGUCCCCUAUUACUCAAGCAGCUUUUAUUGAACCAUUGGCUUUUGUUGCUCCUGACCCUGUAGAGGAGGCUGUCCUUAGUGAUAUAUGGAGGGGAAAGAUCACAAAUAGUGGGGCAGUAUACAACUCACUGAGACAAGGGAGAUCAACUGAUUUUGCUUCAGGUCAUGAAGACUUGGAAUCCACUGAGGGAAAGAAGGGAGUCCUCCCUGCAGUUCUUGAUGAAACUGUUCAGACAUUGCAGGAAGCUGGAAAUGUUGCAUGUCAAUUUGUUAAUAAUGAUACCUUGAAGAAUUAUGGUUUACAUGUGAAUGUGGCAGAUGGAGGAGAGGUUAAUUAUGAAGAUCACAAAUCAGAUAUAGAUGGAAGGUUCUCAACUUUCUCAAAAAGCAAUGGUGUCAGCAGUGCCAUAGGCAUUGAUGCUGCUUGUCAUCAUGCUGAAAAUUGGCAAUUUGAGGAUUUGACUUUGAAUAAACAGCCUCCGUCUGAUAACAUUGACUCUACUGCUUUUGACAUCAGAUCCAAGCUUCCUGAUGAUUCAAGCUUGCUGUUGGAUACAGCAUCGACUCAGCCCAAACAGGGUAGCGAUGUGCAGCUUUUGGGAAGUACGGAGAAAGACUUAUCAAGGGAUACUCCACCAGAGCAACAAAUUUUGUACUACAUUGAUCCUCAAGGGGUAACUCAGGGACCAUUUCUUGGUGCAGAUAUUCUUUCAUGGUUUGAACAAGGUUUUUUCGGGACAGACUUACCUGUCCGCCUGGCUGAUGCUCCUGAGGGAACACCUUUCCAAAGUUUGGGUGAGGUGUGGCAACAUCUGAAAGAUAAAGAUAAGAAUGUCAGUUGUGUUGAUCCAAAUUCUGAGCUGGAACAAUUUGACUCUUUGGGAGGAAAUAUGGAGGCUGCUUUACCUGUUUCAGCAAUUACAGGUUCAACCUUGGUAAAUGGCGUGAACCAACCUCUGCCUAAGUUUGACAGUCUCUCAACUCAACAUCUUCAGUCAGGAUUACCAGAGCUUGAAGCUCCUUUACAAUUGCUCCAUCCUGAAGGUCAAAGCAUUCAAGAUUUCGCUGCGCAAGAUGAAGAAAUCUUGUUUCCAGGAAGAGCAGGGAAUACCGGAUAUCCUAUUGUAAAAUCUUCUGGGAGGAUUCAUGAUAGUUGUGUCCAGCCAUCUCAUCCAACUGAGUCAGCAAGUUCUGGCAUUGCAAUUCAAAAUGAUGAUAAGUUGCACCCUUUUGGCCUGCUGUGGUCUGAGCUUGAAGGAACCCACACAAGACCUACAAAUGUGCCUUCUGGCAUGAGAAGGGCUGCUCCAUUCAGUGCCAUGGCUGAUCCAAGUCUUACUGAAGAGACACGGUCAGAUAUAUAUAGAAAAAACAUACUUGCUGACCCCAUUGUGUAUCAAGAUCCUAUGACUGCUCACCAUAUGCGACACAUGGAACAGGAAUCCAACCGAUUUGAUCUAGCAGAUCAGCUUUUGUCUAAACAAUUGCAGCAACAGCAGCUCCAACGGCGAAAUAUGUUUCCUCAUACACGCCUGAAUGAAUCAGUUUUAGAACAGUUGACAAAUCAGAAUCUGAUUCAUCAACAACAGUUGGCGAAUCAUCCAGCUUCAGAUAUGGAACAUCUUUUGACCCUUCAUCUGCAACAACAGCGUCAGCUGGAACUCCAACAUCAUCAAUUGCAGCAACAGCAGCAAUUUCAUCAACAACAAAAGCUUUUGCAGGACCAACAGCAAUCUCAAGCUCGACAGUUGCUCUUUGAGCAGUUGAUGCAUGGUCAAAUGCCUGAUCCUGCCCUUGGGCACUCACAUAUUGACCCAAUAAGAGCGAACAAUGCUUUCAAUCAGGCUUUAUUAGAGCAGCACCUUUUACAUGAGAUGCAACAACGUUCUCAUCAUCCCCAAAAGCACUUCAUUCCUUCUUUAGAUCAGCUUGUGCAAAUGAAAUUGGGUCAGGUGCCACUGCAAGAUAAGCAAAGAGAGAUGUUUGAGUUAAUGUCACGUGCUCAACAUGGACAAAUGCCAGCAUUGGAGCAUCAGAUUCUUCAGGACCAGAUGCAAGCACGGCAGUUAUCAGUGGGAUUAAGGCAGCAAACCAAAGUGCAGGAAGGGAGGCAUAUUGAUUCUAUUUGGCCGGCUGAUGAGCCUGAUCUGUUUCAUAGGAGUUUGUCUGGUGCUCACUCCUCAGGGUUUAGCCCACUAGAUAUUUACCAGCAGCAACAGAGGUCAACUCAUGAGGAGCAGCUGGGUCAGCUUGAGCGGAAUCUGUCAUUACAAGAGCAGCUGCAGCAAGGACUUUUUGAGCCUGGUUCACUGUCAUUUGAGCCGUCCUUGUCUUUGCCUGCUGGUGCUUCGGAGAUGAAUUUGGAUACACUUAAUACUAUGGCACGUCAUCAUGGUUUGGAUUUAAAGCAGUCUAGCUCACGUAUGCAAUCUGGUGGUCAUGCUGGGACAUUUCCUUCUGGCAUUCACCCUCAUAUUUUACCCCACCCUUUAGCCCCAAACCAGCUCAAUGCUUCACAUUUGGAUGCAGUGGAGGGUUACAGGGCUGAAAACAAUGGGCAGCUGGCAAAUCAAUGGGUGGAAUCUCAAAUUCAACAGUUUCACAUUAAUGCUGAGCAGCAGAGAAGGGAGCCAGAAGUUAGAAUGCCUUCUGAAGAUCCAAGUUUAUGGAUGCCAGAUAGGCCUCAUGAUGACAAGUCAAGGCAAUUGUUAAUGGAGCUGAUCCAUAAGAGAUCAGGUCAUCACCCUGCUGAGUCAUUGGACAUGAAUAUGAAUGGUGUACCCUUUGGAAGGAGGUCACCAUCUGGAGUCUACUCUGGGUCAAGCUCUCCCAGUCACCAUUUCAAUCUUCAUUCAGGCCAAGAAGCAGGUCCAAACAAUUCAUUUACAGUAGGAUCUUAUGGUUCUAAUUCCUCUGACCCUCAGCAGGUUUAUGUAGCUGGCAAGCAGGUUAGCAGUUUUGAUAGCAGUGAGAAAUUAUGGUUAAGACCUGAAUCUGGAGCAAUGUCUGAGGGAGAGCCAUUAUUGUCAAGUGUGAAUGAUGGUACUCGGGCAAUUUACGCUGAUUCUAACAUGAUUGGUCAGUCUUCUGUAAACAAAGAGUUCUCCGAUGUUGAUGCAGUGAAGCAUGGUUCCAAAAGUGAAGAUAUGAUUAAGGGUUCUAUUUUUGAGGUUCAAGAUGGGAUGGCCAAGCAAGCAGGUUUGGCCACUUUGGAUUGGGUGGAAAUUCCCACUCAUCCUCUUAGCAGACAUAAUUCACAUGUUGCUGGUAGUGAUACAGGUUUUUAUGAUUCUUUCACAGAAGAUAUUCCCAAGGAUAAGGUGCAGGUUGCAUCCAGGAUUCAAGAAAAUAUUUUGUUGAGACGUCCACCAGUCUCACGUGUUUCAUCAUCCCAGGAAGGAUUGACUGAUCUCAUCUCUAAUCCUGCUAUGAGAGGAAAAGUUUCACCUAGUACUAAUGGGAGGCAAGAUCCUGGGGGAAAUCUUGGAAGCCAAGGUUCAGACAUGGCAUCAGGGAUGAAAGAAAUGAGAUUUCGCCACACCUCAUCCUGCGGUGAUGCUGAUGUUUCAGAGCCUUCAUUUAUAGACACGUUGAAGAGUAAUACCAAGAAAAAUGUUGUGCCUGACGCCCACAUGACAAUAGGGACAUUAGAUCCAGAUGGACCCCAAGGUGGUCGUGGUGGUAAAAAGAAAGGUAAGAAAGGGAGGCAAAUUGAUCCUGCUCUCCUGGGUUUUAAAGUUACUAGUAAUCGCAUCAUGAUGGGUGAAAUCCAGCGCCUAGAUGAUUAGCCUAAUUAAUUUGGUAGCGGCCAUGUAAUGGUCUUUUUCUUAGUCGUAUAGGUUGAGAUGAAAAUUAUUUGAUUUUUUUUUAUAUAUGUUCAUUUCGGUACAGGAAGAAUUCCUGGUUUAGGCCUAGGAUAUUUUUUACAUCCAAAGGGUAAAGUGUUGUAUAGACUAGCAAGGUUUACAUGGCAAGAUCAUUUCUUUAUGGA